GCAGCUCGGCUGGGCUCUCGGCUCGGGAGCGCAGCCCGCCCACCCACACCCUGCACAGGAGGAAGGCGCAGCUAGACCUCGGGCAGCAGGUGGAAGGCACAUGGGGCCAAGGCCAUGUCCACCACCACAUGCCAAGUAGUGGGCUUCCUCCUAGCCCUCCUGGGCCUGGCGGGCUGCAUCGCCGCCACGGGGAUGGACAUGUGGAGCACCCAGGACCUCUACGACAACCCUGUCACCUCCGUGUUCCAGUACGAGGGGCUCUGGCGGAGCUGCGUGAGGCAGAGCUCAGGGUUCACCGAGUGCAGGCCCUACUUCACCAUCCUGGGCCUUCCAGCAAUGCUGCAGGCAGUGAGAGCCCUGAUGAUCGUAGGCAUUGUCCUGGGUGCCAUCGCCCUCCUUGUGUCCAUCUUCGCCCUGAAGUGCAUCCGCAUAGGCAGCAUGGAGGACUCUGCCAAAGCCAACAUGACACUGACCUCUGGGGUCAUGUUCAUCAUCUCAGGUCUCUGUGCAAUCGCUGGAGUAUCUGUGUUUGCCAACAUGCUGGUUACUAACUUCUGGAUGUCUACAGCUAACAUGUACACGGGCCUGGGUGGGAUGGUGCAGACUGUUCAGACCAGGUACACCUUCGGUUCGGCCCUGUUCGUGGGCUGGGUCGCCGGAGGCCUCACACUAAUUGGGGGUGUGAUGAUGUGCAUCGCCUGCCGGGGCCUUGUGCCUGAGGAAACCACCUACAAAGCCGUGUCUUAUCAUGCCUCGGGCCACAAUGUCGGCUACAAGCCCGGGGGCUUCAAGGCCAGCACUGGCUUUGGGCCCAACAGCAAAACCAAGAAGAUGUACGAUGGGGGUGCCCGCACGGAGGACGAGGUACAAUCUCAUCCUUCCAAGUACGACUAUGUGUAAUUCCAAGACCCCCCGGCCCGGGCGAAAGAGCCCCCCAGGUAGAGUGCACUUGAAACACAAGGAGAUUUUACCUUGGCUCCUGAUUGCUUUUGACUCACAGUUGGAAGUUAGAAAAACCUUGAUUUCACCCGUGAAGAGGCCAGAUGGUCUGGGCCACAUAUCCCUGUCUCUAAUGCUCCAUAACAAAACCAGCAAAGUUAUCAGAUAUGAAUAAGAGGCUAUAGUUCACAGUUUUCAAUCCUCUAUUUCUUUUAUUUUUUUAAUUUAACCUUCCUAAUCUGAUGACAGAAUGUGGUUUGAAUUCCUAUCAGACAGCAGCCCAUCAAUGAUCUAUCUCCCAACUCACCCCCAGAACAAUUCGGAAAGGAAAAAAGGAGAGUAGAUCAAAAGACAUCAUUUUCUGCUUUUUGAUUUUAACCUCCCCCGCCAACCUGGCCACUAAUAAACACUGAUUGAAGAAGAGGUGAUGGGAAAAGAUAUUUUUCAUGUCUCCAGCUCAUUAUCUGAGUUUUCUUACACUGUGACCUUGAACAUUACCUGGACCCAAAGUGAUUUCAGUUUGAAGAAUGCUUUCUGCUUUUGUUGGCAUCAGCUAACUCCGGCAAGACGCCUGGCCCCCCGGGGUCUCCUGGGCCCUCCACUGCAGGGCCUCUUUCUGUCACAGGCCAGAAAGUGUCCCUAGAAGAAAAAGGAAAGGAUGGAUACUUGUGGGUAAUCUGAGUAUAUUUGGCAUUCUAAAUAUAGUUAGAAUAAAUAAUGUAUUAGUGAAAUGAUAUACUGUCUCUGUGAAUUAGCCUCACCCCUACACAUGAAUAGAAGAAAAAGAAAAAAUAAUUGCUUUGAUAUUGUCAAUAUGAACUUUGUAAAAUCACACUUAAGUUUGAAUUCCAUGAAAUGUUCACUCAUCUUAAUUGUUUCCCUUGGAGCUCUCCGGGGCUGAGACUAUACAAGAUAGAUACAGUGUAACCCUGUAAAAACCAAAGGGUGAAACCUAGGGAGUGAGUUGAAACCAGUUCUUUUGAAAAACAACAAGAAAACAGUGAUGACCCUGAAAGUAAUAUUAUGUUUCCAAGUGACACACGUCCAUACUUGCAUGGCCAGAGGUCACUGUCCCUUAACAGUAGCACUUACUUGGCCCUGUGGUUACCGUUGUUACACUGAGAGCUCUUUCCUUCACUAAAUUCACCUACAAUCGUUGCUCCACUGGAUGUUCGAGAACUGAAAGCUCUUUGCAGCCUCACACCUUUCCUGUGUUCACAUCGCUGCUGCAGAAAGCCUACUCUCCUUCUAGGCUACCAGAAUCCUAUCCCAACACCAGAACCAGGAUAGACCCCCCGGGAACUAACGUCAGGGCAGUCUCUCAAAUUACCUAAUCAGGGAGCAGCAGACAGUGGGGGAAUCUCACCACUGGGUUAUUUGGGGAAAGAAGUAUUCACAUCAAUAAUGCAUAUAAAAGUGGCCUCUAAGGAGAUGGGAGAAUAUUCAUGGGGGUCUUCAGGCUGGACAGAUUAUGUCUGGGGAAAUCCAGAUCACAGCCCAUUCAACAGAAAGGAAUUUUGUUCACCUGCAGCCAAAACACACUCCGAGACCCUGCUCUAUCUCAAAGUAUUCAUGGAACUCAUUGUCUGAGAUGGGAUAAAGGGUAAAUAGAUAAAUCAAUUCAAGGGGCGGGGGGGAAGCAGGGAUGGGAGAAGACCAAACUGAAGACCAUAGGGCAUGGAGAUUAUAAAGGGUUCUCGAGAUUUGACUUGAAAGCCAUGAGCACAACGGGCUCUCCUUCCUACCACCAGAAAGCCCCUGGUCAGGUGAGGCCCUGAGGUGCGGCUCAGCUGGGUUUUUAAUUAGCACAUUCUCUAUCCAACACGUUGUUUGAAAGCCUUGGUGGAGUUAGGUUGCGCCUUGUAAUUGUUAUUGUUGUUGCUCCGUCCUAUUGUAUAUGCAUUGACUAUUAACCUGCAUGUUUUGUUAAGUAAAUAUUAAAAAUACUAUUAUCUCACA